AUGUUCAAGUUGAAUUCAGUUGUCCUAUUAGCCUUUUUUGCGGCAGUUUCGUUUGCUUUGCCCACGUUUUCCUCAUUCUUUAGUGUUCCAGGGAGAUCUGGCGAUAGUGACCCUAUUCCUGGCGACUCUCCCUUGGAGAAAUGUGAUGCUAGCGAGUCUCAACUGCUAGAUCUUCAAUUAGUUAACUUGUUGCCAAACCCCCCUGUGCGUGGUGAGAAUGUGACGGUAUCUGCUGCUGGUAUCUUGAACGGAGAAAUCACAGAGGGAGCCUAUGUCGACGUUGAGGUCCGUUUGGGUUACAUUAAGCUUUUAUCACAAACAUAUGACUUGUGUGAAGAGUUGGAAAACAACGACGUUGGUGGCCUCAGAUGCCCAUUGUCUCCAGGUAGCUACAUGAUCGACAAGGAAGUUGAAAUUCCUGCUGAAGUUCCACCUGGAAAAUACAGUGUCGUGGCCAGGGCCUACACUGCUGAAGAUGACGAAAUUACCUGCUUGACUGGUGAUAUUUUGUUUCCAGCUUAUUAG